AUGGCGGCGCGGGCGCCGGCUCACUCCGCGGGAAGUCUGAGCCCUCAGGCCUUGACCCAGCUGAAAGCUGGGAGAGAAGAUGAAAGCCCGAGCGCUUGGGCAUUGGAGUCAUUUAAAGAUGUGGCCCUGACCUUCACUAGGGAGGAAUGGGGACAUCUAGACCUGGACCAGAAGACCUUAUACCAGGAGGUGAUGCCAGAGACUUGUGGCCUCCUGGUCUCACUUGGGCAUCUUGUUCCCAAACUAGAGCUGGUCUGCCUCCUGGAACAUGAGCAAGAACUAUGGGCAGUGAAGAGACACCUCUCCAAAAGCACCUAUACAGGUAGGUGGGCGAGAGUCUGGCAGGUGCGUGUCAUAGCAGCCAGCAGGGAAUCAUGUCUGAAAUUCCGUGCGCAGCAGUUUUCUUUUAUGACUUCCCUGCGGUCUUCCUAGGUGGUCAUUGGGCACUUUGAACUGUGUUUCUCCUGUCUUCCCACUCCCAUCACCCUCUUUGCCUUUACUAGAGUUGAAAUGUGGUAUAUUAGGUAAGAGAUACGUUCUAAAUGUUUAGUCACUCACCAGCCUCAUGACCCUGGGGAAGUUACAUGAUCUCGUGCCUUGGGUAUACAAGUAAGGCUGACUUAAUGCUACCUGCUUUAAAAGAUAAACUGCAAAAUCUUGAUCAGCCAAGAGAUUAAGAGUUUCUUUUCUCAUCAUGGCAUAUUUCAUGUGGGUUAGCAGGGGAACUCUGUAGUACAUAAUUAUCCAGGGACCCUGGUGCAUUUUAUUGUCAAUACAUGGCUUUCAGGUAUCCCUGGCAUCACCCAGCUGGCCAAGAAGAACAGAGAAGGGGAGUAGUCAUAUCCACUUGCAUACACACAUCACUUCCAUUCACAUCCAUUGACAGGACCGUGUUGAUGUUGUAUCACACUGGGAAAUACGGAUUAGGAUACAUGUUGAUGUUGUGUCACGCUGGGAAAUAUGGUUUAGCUUUGUGCCCAAGGAGAAGCCAUGGGUAUGAUG